AUGGCAGUACCCGAAGGCGGUCCGCAGACGCCAGAAAACUUUGCACGGAAUGAGGCCAUCCCAAGAGCCCCAGGCCGGAGACAGAAUCUACAAGCAGAAACCCUACGAACCCCAGUGGUUGAAUUCCCCCCAUUAGACGAUGGCAAAAGAAUCUCGUACCAAAUGGUUGCGAAACUCGUCAACGGCCUAAAUACAGCGAUCAUCCAACAGACCAACACAAUCGAAACAAAUCACCCUGAGAGAACAGAACGCGAGAUUGCAGGAGGAGAUCAGGCGCUACGCACCCAGAUAGAGAACCAAGCAACUACAAACCUACCCCCAAAACCAUGGGCUGAAGUUGCCUCCGCAAUCAACCCAUCAGCGAUCAACAUAAUCCCAUGA